AUGUCUCCCACAAAUCGAGUACCGUCCAUGCGCAUGAACCCUUCUGGUGCGCGCGAUAUUCCCACAUUUAUAGACGAACUUGCUAAAGAUGAGGCGAAAAAUCAACCUAAAGGCGACUCGGAGAGUACCUUUUCCGACGCUUCGACACUUCAAGGCAACAAGCAAUCUUCGAAACUGAAACGCGGGCUUUUCAGUAAGAUCCGUUCUUUUUCGCCAUCCGGAAAACAAGAUGCCGUCAAAGAGUAG